AUGACUUUAGAGAUCCAUGAAGCAACCUCAUCCGAUGCCGCAGAUCUCACUGAGAUCUUCUUAGCGGCAUUCUCGGAUCCCUUCAACAGAACCAUGUUCCCUCUCACACCGGAUGUACGCGCAUGGGCAACAGAGAACCUCUUCAACGGCAAGAACAAGGAAUCCGAGCACGAGAUAUUUCUCAAGGUGACGGAUACUGAUUCCGGCGAGACUGUGGCAUUUGCGAAAUGGGAUCGAGAUCGACACCCUGAAGAAGUUCGCGUGUGGCCUAUCAGCAGUGAUAAGGGGCUUUGUGAAUUGUUCUUUGGGACUAUGGAGGAUCAUCAUCAUAGAUUGAUGGGUGAUCGGCCUCAUUAUUAUUUGGAGAUGUUGGGCGUACAUCCCUCGCAUCAAGGACGAGGUCUUGCGUCCAAGUUAUUGAAAUGGGGCUUGGCGCGUGCAGAUGAGGAGAGCGUGGAGGUUUAUCUCUCCAGCUCCCCGGAGGGAAAACCGGUAUACCAGAAAAAUGGGUUUGAAUCGCUAGACUCAUUUUCCCCAUUUCCGGGCUAUGAGCAGCUUGAUAUGAUUCGGCCGGCUCAGCACUAA